CAGCGUGUCUGUUAUUCUCAUCAGGCAUUUACAGAGCCGCCCCCAUGCGUCUGAACCCCCGACAGAGCCAGGUGAAGUCUGUGUACAAGACCCACAUCGACGCCAUCCACUUCCGGAAGACGGAUGAGAAGCGUCUUCAUGGACUGGACGAGGACGGUGAGCAGAAACUCUUCACCAAAGAACGUGUCGCAGCACUCAAAGAGCUAGCGGCCAAACCGGACGUCUACGACCGCUUCUCCGCGCUGGCGCCCAGCAUCUAUGAACACGAGGACAUCAAGAAAGGCAUCCUGCUGCAGUUAUUUGGCGGGACCCGUAAGGACUUCACUCAGACGGGCCGUGGAAACUUCCGCGCAGAGGUCAACAUCCUGCUUUGUGGCGAUCCGGGCACCAGUAAAUCCCAGCUGCUGCAGUACGUGUAUAACCUGGUUCCUCGCGGUCAGUACACAUCGGGGAAAGGAUCCAGUGCUGUGGGGCUCACAGCGUACGUGAUGAAGGACCCGGAAACCCGACAGCUGGUUCUCCAGACAGGAGCGCUCGUGCUCAGCGACAACGGCAUCUGCUGCAUCGACGAGUUCGAUAAGAUGAGCGACAGCACGCGGUCUGUGCUGCAUGAGGUCAUGGAGCAGCAAACGCUCUCGAUUGCUAAGGCUGGAAUCAUUUGCCAGCUUAAUGCUCGGACCUCUGUCCUCGCCGCAGCCAAUCCGGUGGAGUCUCAGUGGAACCCCAAGAAGACCACCAUAGAAAACAUCCAGCUGCCUCACACACUUCUGUCCAGGUUUGAUUUGAUCUUCCUGAUGCUGGACCCUCAGGACGAGGCGUAUGACCGGCGUCUGGCUCAUCACCUCGUGUCUCUGUAUUAUCAGAGUGAAGAGCAGAUUGAAGAGGAGCAUCUGGACAUGGCCAUGCUGAAAGACUACAUCGCUUUCGCACGUACAACUGUGCAUCCCAGACUCAGUGAAGAAGCUAGUCAGGCCCUUAUCGAGGCCUAUGUAGACAUGCGUAAGAUCGGCAGCGGCAGAGGGAUGGUGUCAGCAUACCCCCGUCAGCUGGAGUCUCUCAUCAGACUGGCUGAAGCUCAUGCUAAAGUACGUUUCUCAAGCAAAGUCGAGUCCAUCGAUGUGGAGGAAGCCAAGAGACUGCACAGAGAAGCCCUGAAGCAGUCCGCAACUGAUCCCAGGACAGGAUUCGUGGAUAUCUCCAUCCUCACCACGGGGAUGAGUGCUACAGCACGCAAGCGUAAGGAGGAAGUGGCUCAGGCUCUGAAGAAACUCAUCCAAUCAAAGGGUAAAACCCCAGCUAUGAAGUACCAGCAGCUGUUUGAUGAUCUCCGUGGCCAGUCAGAAGCGGCCAUCACGAAGGACAUGUUCGAAGAGGCCCUCAGAGCACUUGCUGAUGAAGAUUAUUUGACCGUCACAGGAAAGACCGUUCGUCUUCUGUGAACGCUCACUGUGUACGACUGCUGCUUUCUCCCUCUUAUUACUUGCUUUAUCCUAUCCUCUGUUUCUUUAGAGCGAAUAUUGUUAAUAGUGAUAUGUAUGGACAAUUUCUGGUUGCAAUAAAUGAAUUUUGUUGUUCAAGAGACGA